AUGAAUUUGAAGAAUCAAAAAACUGUAUAUGUAACCCGUCCUGAUGUGGCCGGCGUGGGUUUAGAUAUUCUCAGGAAGGAAUGUAAUGUGACGACAUGGUCUGAAUGCAGACCGGUGCCACGCGAAGAAUUACUCAAACAAAUUGAGGGCAAGGACGCUCUGUUUUGUGCCUUAACGGAUAAAAUCGAUGCAGAGGUCAUUGAAAAGGCAGGUCCUCAAUUGAAAUGCAUCGCAACAAUAUCAGUGGGCUAUGAACACAUUGACCUUAAGGAGUGUAAAAAGCGUGGCAUAAGAGUUGGCUAUACACCGGAUGUGUUGACAGAUGCCACAGCCGAAUUGACAUUGGCCUUGCUGUUGGCCACCAAUCGCCGCCUACUGGAGGCCAAUAAAGAAGUAUAUAAUGGUGGUUGGAAAUCAUGGGCACCCAGUUGGAUGUGUGGCCAGGGUCUGAAAGGCUCGCGGGUGGGUCUCUUUGGUUUUGGUCGUAUUGGUCAGGAAAUUGCCAGCCGUCUUGUACCAUUUAAACCGUCGUUGAUAACCUACACCACCCGUACCCAACGCCCCGAAGAAGCAAAGAAAGUUGGUGCCGUCUACGUUUCAUUCGAAAAAAUGCUAAGUGAAUCAGAUUUCAUAAUCGUUUGCUGUGCCCUUACCCCUGAAACUAAGGAAAUUUUCAAUAGUUCAGCAUUUGAUAAAAUGAAAAGUAAUUGUAUUUUUAUAAAUAUAUCACGUGGAGCUGUGGUCGAUCAAUCUGCCUUAUAUAGUGCCUUAAAAGAGAAACGUAUCUUGGCUGCUGGUUUAGAUGUAACCACGCCGGAACCAUUGCCAUUGGAUGAUGCCCUCUUGAAAUUGGAUAAUAUUGUUAUACUGCCGCAUAUUGGUAGUGCUGAAACGCAUACCCGAACCGAAAUGUCACGUAUAACAGCAAUGAAUAUAUUGGCUGGUUUGAAUGGCGGUGAAAUGAUAUCGGAAGUAAAAGUUUAA